AAAUAUUCAAAAAAAAAUCCGAGUUGACAUAAUUAUUAAAAAAUUUAUCAUCUCGGUCAAACUUGUCUCAGUUAUUGCAUUAUUUUUCAUGAAAUUAAAUUAGCGUUUUAAAAUGGAUUUUGUAAUAGCAAAUAUAGAUAAUAUACAUUUUAAGAUAGAAGCGGAACUAAAUGAUCAGAUCGGUGCACUUCCGUUGGCCUUUACAGGCAUGGAUAAAUCUUUAUCUGCAGUUUGUAAUUUCUUCAAUUUAGGACAAUGUGAUAAAGAAUUUUGCCCUUUUCGACACAUAAAAGCUGAACAGAAGACGAUAGUAUGUAAGCAUUGGCUACGAGCGCUAUGUAAAAAAGGCGAUAGCUGUGAAUUUUUGCAUGAAUAUGACAUGAGUAAAAUGCCGGAAUGCUAUUUCUUUAGCAAGUAUCAUGCGUGUCACAAAAAAGAAUGUACGUUUCUUCAUAUAGAUCCAGAGAGCAAAAUUAAGGAUUGUGCUUGGUAUGAUCGUGGAUUUUGUCGUCACGGUCCGUCUUGCAGACAUCGCCAUGUUAGAAGAGUUUUGUGUAAAAAUUAUUUAUCUGGAUUUUGUCCAGAUGGUUCCGAUUGUAAAUUUAUGCAUCCUCGUUUUGAAUUGCCACCUGCGUCUGAUCCAAAAGAAAUGCCUAAACGUCCUCCGGUUUGCCACAAUUGCGGUGAUCUUGGGCAUAAAGCAAGUCAUUGCCCAAAACUGCCUCCAGAACAGAGAGAAAUAGAGCGACAAAACACUCUGAAGAAUACAACAUACAAUCAUCACGCUCAACAACGAUUAAUAAGUCAUAUGAAGGAUCAGAAUAAAGAACUUCCCAAUACCGAUAUACUUUCCGAUCAGCACAUUAAUGGACCUCCUCCAGAAAUUCUAAAUCCACCAAAUCCAAUGGGGAACAGAUGGAAUCCAGGUCAUCAUCACGGGAACCAUCAUGGAAAUCAACCGAGACCUCCUUAUCAACCAAGGAAGUUGGAAGAUAUUACUUGUUUCAAGUGUGGAAUGAAGGGACAUUAUGCGAAUCGUUGUUAUUCAUUUUUGAACAAUAACUUCGAGCCAAAUAAAUAAAUUGACAAAAUUUAUCCAAUCACC